AUGAAAAUUACUCCUCAAAAAACAACACAAAUUGUUUCGAUACUAAAAUCGGGUCAAUCAACCAGAGAAGUGGCUCGACAGUGUUGCGUCAGCCAAACGACAGUGCAAAAAAUAAAAAAUAUAGGUUGUCCUAACGCUUUACCUCGACUAAAAGGAAGACCUAAGUGUUCUACCCCACAAGAUAGACGAAGACUUGCUCACUUUUUACAAAUGGGAGAAGCAUCUUCAUCUUCAAUGGCGGCCAAUCUAUUACAACAAUACACGGGGAAAAAAGUAAGCAGGUGGACAGCUUCGAGAAUUCUCAAGGAACAAAAUUUUCUGUGUGCCGAAAAAAAGAGAAAACCCGCAAUUUCCAAAAAAAAUAUGAAGGCUAGGUUAAAGUUUGCUAAAGAUUAUAAACACUGGACAGAAAAAGACUAG